CGGAGGCUCUUGGUGCAAUGCCCCUGGCUCGUUGCAAGGCGCAGAUUGUACCAUCUGCUCGGGCUCCCCUCCCCAUGCACUGCGGCGAAUGCUGUGCCUUUGCACAGCAAUAGCAGGCAGAUAAUAACAAUAUUAUUGCAGCCUGGGAACCACUAUAUUAUUGACAUUUUUUUGAAAAAAAAGCAAAACAAAAACACCAUCCCACCAUGUCGGUUGCCUUUGCUUCUGCUCGUCCAAGAGGCAAAGGGGAGGUCACCCAGCAAACUAUCCAGAAGAUGCUGGAUGAAAAUCAUCAUCUAAUACAGUGCAUUAUGGACUAUCAAAGCAAAGGCAAAACAGCAGAAUGUACUCAGUAUCAGCAAAUCUUGCACAGAAACCUGGUUUACUUGGCAACAAUAGCAGAUUCUAAUCAGAAUAUGCAGUCCUUGCUUCCUGCUCCACCAACGCAAAACAUGAACCUCGGCCCAGGAGGAAUGAAUCAGAGCGCAUCCAGCCAAUCUCUCCAUUCACAGAGCAAUCUCAGUGAUGCAAUCGGGACAGGCCUUCCACCUUCCUCCCUCAUGCAGAGUCAGAUUAGCAAUGGUCCCAAUCAUGUGUCUAUGCAACAGUCAGGCCAGAACACCAUGCCUACAACUUCCCUGAGCAUGACUGUCAGUAGCCAUGGAACCGGAACCGGCUAUAGCCAUACAGUGCCUGCAUCACAGAAUGUACCAAUGCAAGGCCAGGGGUCAAUAGGCAACUAUGUCUCACGAACAAAUAUCAACGUGCAGUCUAAUCCCGUUUCCAUGAUGCACCAGCAAGCAGCAACGUCGCAUUACAACUCUGCACAAGGAGGGAGCCAGCAUUACCAAGGGCAGUCUUCUAUCGCCAUGAUGAGUCAGAGUAACCAAGGCAGCACCAUGAUGGGCCAGCGACCGAUGGGCCCUUAUCGACCUUCGCAGCAAGGUUCCUCUCAGCAGUACAUGGGCCAGGAGGAAUACUACAGUGAACAAUACAGUCACGGACAAGGCUCAUCGGAGCCCAUGAACCAGCAAUAUUAUCCUGAUGGUCACAGUGAUUACGCAUACCAGCAGUCAUCUUACUCUGAGCAAAGCUAUGACAGAACAUUUGAGGAUUCCACACAGCACUACUAUGAAGGAGGAAAUUCCCAGUAUAGCCAGCAGCAAGCAGGAUACCAACAGGGAGCUGCACAACAGCAAACAUACUCACAGCAGCAAUACCCGAAUCAGCAAAGCUAUCCAGGACAGCAGCAAGGAUAUGGUCCUGCCCAAGGAGCUUCAUCACAGUAUUCCAGCUAUCAACAGGGCCAGGGACAACAAUACGGAAGUUAUAGAGCUUCACAGACAGGACCAACGGCACAGCAACAGAGGCCUUAUGGCUAUGAGCAGGGCCAAUAUGGAAACUAUCAGCAAUAAAACGACAAGCACCUGUGUCAGACUUGUUUCAAUAUUUAUGUCCGUCUUUUGAACUUGGAUGUACGGGCAGGUUUGAUUAAUCGUAAUAUGUUGGUUACCCCUUUUAGCACAAAGGAGCAUCUGUAUGUGAAAUAGUAUUCAUUUCAUGCUGGAUAUCAAGCAGUGCACUACUGGUAACAAAGCAAUGCUUUAAUUGUUUGAUAUAUUUUGGUGCUGUGUAUAGUAUUAUAUGUUGAUCUUCCUCCCCUCCCCCCAAUAUUUGAUGUUUUUAACUAGCUUUAGAAGUUACUAAAUCAUCAGGUUAACUUGUGCCCAGCCCCCACCCAACCACAUCCUCCUUUUUAUGGGGAGUGGGAAAGGCUACAAUAUUAUGUAAUACAUCUAAUCCUGCACAACUGACUUUGUCUUCAUUCUCUGGUAAUGCAGCUAUUCUAGUAUUUGUCACUAAUGCGAAACAUCCCAGAUGUAUUGCAGCUUAUUUCCUUUGUACUUACUUCUGAAACCCAUGGCUCUUAAUUGGACCAUCUUAGGAUAGGGUCAGGGUCAUUUUUUUACACUGAAUUCAUUUAUAUUCUGUGUUGCACAUACGUGUAUGGAUGUAAGUCUGAUUUGCUGAAUUCUUUAAUGUGCAAUGGCAAUUUUUGUACAGCUCUAACCAGGGCUUGCUUAAGCUGCAUUUCCAUGAGCUGUUUACCAUUGAAGUUUAUUGCUGAUUUAACAUGGGGACUGACCUUGCUAGGGUAAGGGGUUAUUAUGGUAAGGGGUAGGGAUGUGCAGAAUUGAUUGCUAUCUAACCAGACCACUGUGAACUGGGCCAGUUUGAGUGGUUCAAUUGCGAACCGCUCCGAAGCAGUUCCGGCUGGUUCGUCAAACUGACUGGCCCAGCUGAUUGGUUCGACCAAACGAUUCCGCAUACCUGUGGUUCAGUCUGAAUUUGGUUAGAAUUUGGACCGAACUGUGUCAACUGUUUCGUGCACACCCCUAGUAAGGGGUAUAUAUAUCCCAUAAAAGGGUUGCACUAAAGAAGCAUUAAGCUGCAGAAAUGUGGGCAAUCAUUCUGUGUAAUCCAGGGGUUUUCAGAUUUGGGCCUCAAGAUAUUGUUUGACUACAACCCCCAUCAUCCCAGCCAUAGUAGCUAUUGUGGAUAGGGAUGAUGGGGUUUUUAGUCAGGGCCCAAGUUUGAACUCUGGGUUUUCACACCAAACUGCCAGAUAUUUGAUCAUGGCUACUUUGGGAAUGGAAGAAUGGGUUUAUUUGGGGUGCAGAUGAGGAAUCUUGUAGCUUGGCAAGGGAAAGUAAUCUCUUUUGUAGCUUUAAUGGUCUUGGAAAGAGUCUGUAAAGUGGGGGGCAGGGGCGCCCUUUCCUAGCUGCAAGAACUAACAUAAAGAGAAUAUUUUAUAUGCCUAGAUACAUUUUCCCACAUGUAACUUACGAUACAAACAAGAUAUUUAUGUUGAGGUUACUUAGAGGUUAUCUAAUUUGCUCAAGUCCCACUAAAACUGUAUCGGCUUUAUGUUUACGUUAGAGCACUUUCUAUACAGAACAGUCUAGGCCAAGGAUUCUCAACGUUGGGUCCCCAGAUGUUAUUGGACUUCAAUUCUGAGAACCCCCAACCAAAGGCCACUGGGGCUGGGGAUUAUGGGAGUUGAAGUCCAAAAACAUCUGGGGACCCAACGUUGAGAAUCCCUGGUCUAGGCUUCAUCCAUGUUUUAGAGCAGGGGUAGGCAACCUUGGCUCUCCAGCUGUUGUUGAACUACAAUUCCCAUCAUUCCCCCACCACAAUAAAUUGUGGCUGGUGGUGGUGAAAGUUGUAAUUCAACAACAGCUGGAGAGCCAAGGUUGCCUACCCCAUGCUAGAUGAUAACAAAAUAUACCUUUGAGAUGCCCUGCAGUGAAAAUCCCCUCAAGCUGCUUCAUCGAUUCUUGGUAUAUACAUGUACAAAACGUCCACCUAUUUCAGUGGUGGGAAGAUAUUGGGUAGGUGCCUUAUCAGGUGGCAAAACCGUCACAUGCUGUUGGAUUAAUAAAAGUGAACUGCUCCAGCCUGGGAGGGAAUUUGCUGUUCCCCCACUACCGAGUGUCUCCCAAGGAAACUCCCUCCUUCCCUCUUCAGAUUGUAAAGGUGUGAAUUUUCCACCAUGGCAACAGUUCAUUGCAGGAUUGCAAGCAAUUCCCAUUGUGGGAGAAAGUCCACUGUGGCAGCUUUUGAAGGCAGCUUAGGACUCUGUGUGGCAGCUUAGGACUCUGACCUUUUAAGAUCCAUUGUCUUCUGAUUUUUAAUAUAUGCACUUUCUGAUCGUUUAUAACAAACAGUGUAGGGGAACUGACUAAGACCUGUAGGAUGUGAUCCAGCCAAAAUGAAAUGUAAGAUCUCACUGAUGAACUAGAUACUAGGAUUGAAUUGAGCAGUAUAUUAGAAGUCAGUAUAGCUUCAUUGCCUGCCCUAGCUGACAGGAAGCUGUAAUCAGUUUUUAUUGCAGUGUAUCAAUCACUGUUGCAUGUCUACUUACGCUGAUGCGAGUUUCCCAGAGAGCAGAUUUGCUGUCCACUCUUUCUGAUUCUUCCAGUGUUCCCUUUUUCAGAUUUUCCAGCAAACACUAUAGCCAUAAACAAAACAAAAUCAGCUUUACAGACCUCUGCUUCUACAGUUCUUCCUUGCUCUUUCAAUUUCAGCACCUUGACAGUAGCUCAGAAAUGACAUGUUUGUUUCAAGUAGAGCAGAUAUUCACAUCUAAAUGUGGACUUCUAUUAUGCUUAACAGACCGGAGCCCCACAAUUUAAAGAAAUCCAGAGCGUGGAGAAAUACAGAGGCUCUGGUGUUGAAAAAGCACUGACAAUCACACAUUUUAGUGCUUGUUCGUUCUGUGUCUCUUGGUCACACUUCUGGCAGUAAAGCAAGCCCUCAUUUGGGGAAUGGGGUCUGUGUGUGUGGAUACUGAGACUGUAAUGUGGUAAGGAUAUGGUGGUGAGGGGGAAAUGGAGGCAACGUGCCUUGUGUUCCUCCCUCCCCCCGGUUUCCUGCAGCACUUCUUCACAAUUGUUGUGUUGCUGUUUAUCAGUAGUAUAGUCGAGCCCAGAGCUCACCCACCUGCUAGAAAAUCUGGCAGUAUCUGAGACGUUGGGGCUGUUCACACAACCAUUGAGAGCGCCAGGGAGCACGAGAGGGGGGAAGGUAGGAGAGCUUCCCCUCAGACAAUCUAGUGCUUUUGCAAGUUGUGUGGCAUUCUGGAGGCUGGGAAAAUGCGUCCUGGCCUCCAGAUAUCCCACUAUGCACCGUGUGAUGAGCACGGUGCAUUGAGGGAUUCUCCCCGUGAGUCAAGCACUCUGGGCACCCAGCUCACGCCCUUUUACCCAGGUAAAGAGUCAGGUAAACAUCCUGGGCUACCCAGGAGGUCAGCGCCGGGAUCAACCUUGAUCCCAGCACUUCAUAGGAGCAGCCCUACCUGGGUGGGGCUGCUCGUGUGAACAGCCUUCAUAUGUGACAGGUAAAGGGGCACUGGGACUCUGAGAGAACUCACUGUGGAAUGUUCCAUGAGCUUCCGUAUUCUAAGAAUAUUGGAGUCACUGCAUUACCUGAUACAGCAGGCGUUCUCAAAUGUGGGCCUCCAGAUGUUGCUGGACUACAGUUCCCAUCAUCCCUUGACACAAUGACAUUGGUUCCCAGAUCUUGAUGGACUAAAACUCCCAACAUUUCCAAUCACAAUGGCCAGAGGGGGUAAAUGGGAGCUGUAGUCCAACAGUAGUUGGGCGACCAGGUUUGAGAAGCCCUGUGUGACAGCAAUUGACUGAUGUGGCUCAGGACAGCCAAGUUUUCUGCCUUUUGAUGCUGGAUUCCCCUUUAGUAUGCCCCAAAGGGAGUCACACUUACCUUUCCACAGACACUGCUGAACUUUGAAAAUGAGUACCGCCCAUCGUAUGGCAUUACAAAUAAAUGAAGUGUAUUUCAUUUUGUAGAGAUUUGGCAAGAUGUCCCUGUCUUCAGCUAAGAACUGAAAAUUACUGGGCUUACAAAUAAAUAAACAAACCAAUAAAAGAUGAAUUUGAACACAGUCCAGAGAACUUCAGGCACAGUGGAUGUCCACUUACCCAUUACUAUGGCCAGAGGUGCACACAGCACCCAGACACGGACUGUUCUGUGGCAUGUGACACAUGUGGUUUAUGCAUGUGCUCACUGAAUUGCUGAAUACUUACUGGUGAUCUCCUGCACCGAAAACCUUUGUACCAUGGAGAUAAAAUGGUUUACAGAAACCUUUUAGAACAUUGGCUCGGCUGGAGGGGAAGAAUAUAGUGUAUCCCUUGUGGAAUAUUAGCAUUUUAUUUUUGUCCAAACUGCUGGACACUUUAAGUUUUAUGAGGAGAUACUAACUUCUAAAAACUAUGGAGCUUCAGAAAAUACAGAUGUGAGCCUAAACAUUUCAUUGUUCGUUGUUUAGAUAAAUAACCCAGCUACUAUGAGACUUUGGAAAGACUGAUAAUAGCAAAUCUAGAUAUAUGUGUGAGUUACAAUGGUAAGAGACUUUAUCAUUAAAGUACUGGUCACAAUCUGCCCUUAUUUAUUUUAACUUAUUUAUGUACUGCAUAUAGCCAGGUCUAAUGUGGUUUACAACUGAUUAAUUGUAAAAGUGGCAUUUGGGUAGCUGCCUAUUAAGUAGAAUAACCAUUUCCCCCUCACCUUCGUUUUUGUCUUCCUGUUUCUGAAAUUCUCAUGCAACGAAGGAGAGGUAGGGCCUUGUCUCUAAUUUUGUCAUGCCACAUAGUACGAUGGGUUGAUUGCCCCCAACCUCCUCAGCCAUCUGCUUAGUCAUACCUGCAGCAGAAGAUCACACAGCCUGGUUACUGCAGAGCAGGCCUGCUCAACUUUGACCCCCCCAGCUGUUUCUGGACUACUGCUCCCAUAAUCCCCAGCCACAGUGGCCAAUAGCCAGGAAUUAUGGGAGUUGUAGGCCAACAUCUUCAGAAGGGCCAAAGUUGAGGAGCUCUGCUAUAGAAUGAUUGGUGACUGUCUAGUGGGAGCAUUCACAACAGUCUGUGGCAAGAAGCCAUAUGCCUAUGGUGUCCUAUUCCCUGGCCAGCAGCCAUUGCAGUGUCUCUAGCUAUUGGAAGCAGUGCCCAUAGUUCUUUCACUGCAGCUGUUCCAUAGGGUCUCCUGCCCUACAACAGCUUUCCAAGGCAUUUGCCAGGUCUUGGCUUUCUGUGGUAGCACAAGGGGACCACACCAGUGCAGCUCUGCUGGGAACCUUUUUUGGAUUGCACCAUAACGGGGCAUUGGAAGAAAUAUGGCUACCUUUACAUGACAAUUGAUCAGAAAAAUGCACCCUGCAUUGCUCCUUACCAGCGUUGACAUUUGCUUUUCAUGUGGUUUUUAGCAUUGCUGAAAAUAAUUUUUGAAAGAAGCAUUAAAAAAAACCCAAACCACAGCAACAUCACAUCAGUUGGAAAUGUCUUACAUUAAGAAUUUCUUGAAUGUUGUGUAUAUACUGUAUUUGAAAGAGCGCUUUGGAAAUAGUUUGUACAUUAUUUCCUAAUUUAUACAUGAUUUUUAGUGUUAAUAUUUCUAACUGUUAAUAACAAAAUAUUUAAUGUGUUGUCCAUUUUUAUGUAUUGUUGUGGAAACAAAAGGUAAUGCCAGCAUUUUGACUUUUUUCAUUAACUGUACCAUAUUUCUGUUUUGUAAUACAGAAUGUUUGAAAAUGUUUUAGGUUAAAAUGAAUUGAUUGUGAAGCCAAGUAAUGGUACUUUUUGUAUGAUGGAAAGACUUUUAAAAGGACUAGUGUAAUCA